GACUUGCGACUUGCGACUUGCAACCUGCAACCGGCUGUUCAAAAGAUCUGCAUCUGGACAUCUGUCCACCCCGGAAACCCUCCUGUGCUAGACGAAGAACAGAACGGACCUUGUUACACAUUUCUCCUAAUUAUUCGGAUCAUAUCACACGUCUGACCUCUUCCUUACUCAAAGGAUCCCAAAGGACAUUUCAUUCAUACACUUUUCGAGCCUCGGACUGAUCCACCGGCGAAUUUCUGGGUUCUCAUUCUGCACGCUAUGACCGCGCCACACCUAAACGGCACCAAUGGGGUGCAGUCUCCUAAUAAUAAGGCCAUGAAGCCUAGGUUCUUCGAGGAUUAUGGGAUUUGGAAGCAGGCUCCUGUAUUGACCGGGUCCACAAAGUUUGAGGCCUUGCCGGAUGUCAAGAAUAUUAUGAUCACUGGUGGUGCCGGCUUUAUAGCUUGUUGGCUCGUCCGUCAUCUCACCUUGACCUACCCCGAAGCCUACAAUAUUGUGUCCUUUGAUAAAUUGGAUUAUUGCUCAUCAUUGAACAACACCCGUAUGCUCAAUGAUAAGCGAAACUUUACGUUCUACCAUGGAGAUAUCACCAACCCUUCCGAAGUGCUCGAUUGUAUGGAGCGCUUCAACAUCGAUACUAUAUUCCAUUUUGCAGCUCAGUCACACGUCGACUUGAGUUUCGGGAACUCGUAUGGAUUUACUCACACGAACGUGUACGGCACUCAUGUUAUGCUAGAGAGCGCGAAGAAGGUUGGAGUGAAGCGAUUUAUUCACAUAUCUACUGAUGAGGUAUAUGGCGAGGUAAAAGACGACGAUGAUGAUCUAAUGGAAGCGAGUAUUCUAUCUCCAACUAAUCCUUACGCCGCGAGCAAAGCCGCCGCCGAAAUGCUUGUAAACUCUUACAUGAAGAGUUUCAAACUUCCAGUCAUUAUUGUCAGAAGCAAUAACGUCUACGGGCCACAUCAAUUUCCCGAAAAAAUAAUUCCUAAAUUCAUCUGCUUGUUGAAUCGUCAGAGGCCGACGGUGCUCCACGGCGAUGGGAGCCCUACCCGAAGAUAUUUAUAUGCUGGCGAUGCGGCUGAUGCGUUUGAUACGAUCCUACAUAAAGGCACCCUCGGCCAGGUCUAUAAUGUAGGAUCACACGACGAGAUUUCUAACAUUCAGCUAUGUAAGAUGGUGUUGAAAGAGAUGGACAUCCCUCACGAGAGUCAAGAAGACUUCAACAAGUGGGUUAAAUAUACGCACGAUAGACCAUUCAACGAUCAUAGAUACGCCAUCGACGCUACUAAACUCCGACAUCUCGGUUGGGAUCAGAAGACCUCUUUCGCUGAUGGGUUAAAGAUCACUGUUGACUGGUAUAAACGGUUCGGCGAAGAAUGGUGGGGUGACAUUAGCAAAGUCCUCAGCCCUUUCCCGAUUGUCGUUGAAGCUGAAGUGGUAUCUGACAAGGAAGAGAUUUGUGACGAGCCUCAGUUACCAAAGAAACGGAAGUCGCCUGGGUAGUGGUUAUACGACUGGAGUCCGGUUCUAGAUGGGCGCAAGAACCUCCAUAGGUUAUCCGGCACUACCAUAAGGAAAAAUGCGGUGGUGGGAAUUGGGGUUGAUCUGCGCAAUGAACCCCAAGACUUUAAGUUAUAGAGUGUGUUGCUUUAAGUAGCGUCAUAGACGGAAGAAGAUGCAAGCGGCGUGAAGAAUAUUC